AUGCUGUUCGACGAAGCGCAUACCGACGAUCUCAAGUCGUGGCUCACCUCUGAGCUUGGCCCAAUAUGCGAUGCCGACCCGGAGGUGCUUGCCGACUACGUCCUCGCUCUGCUCAAGCAUGAAGGCCCAGAAGCAGAGCUGCAGACUCUGCUCACAGAACAGCUCGAAGACUUCUUGGCCGCCGAGACCCAACCUUUCGUUGCAAAGACUUUCCAGGCGAUAGCUGACAAGGCAUACCUCCCAACAUCAGAAUCCCACCACCACCAAGCUGCCGCUGCCACCACUGAUCCAUCCAACGACGCUCACACGCUGGCAUCCACAUCCGACACUGCCGCGGACACCUCGCUAGGUUCCAGAAAGCGAAGAGCCGAUCAUGACGACGACGACGCUGCUGCCCACGACUCUACCCGUUCUCCACCUAGACAGACCCGCCGAUUGCAGGACACCAACGCCACUCCUGGAUCCGACGAUUCGCGAGCAGGUCGAGCCCGUGAGCGCGACUCAAGGGAGCGAGCCACCAACUCUGCCGCCUCCGACGCCAACGGAUCGCAGAAUGAAGGUGGACGUCGAGAUUCUCGACCCAAACAGCUCUGCCGAGACUACCACAACAAGGGCUUUUGCCCUCGUGGUGCCGGCUGCAAGUUUGAGCAUUCGGCGGACAUGCAGCCGAGCAACGCAAACGCACGCAACCAUCCUCAGCAGCACCAGCAACCGCCUUUCCACAUGAUGGCGCCCGGAGGUCCCAACGGCAUGCACGGUCCACCUAUGAUGUUUCCUCCUUUCGGCGCGCCUCCACAAGGCUGGCAUCCCAGCAUGGGACCUGCACCGGGCAUGCCCUCCAACAAUGCAGCUCCUGGCGCGCCUUCCUCCAUGAACGGCGAUCCACAGAACUUGGCCAACCGCAUGGGCGGGCAAGUGCCACCACCGCCACAAGGGCUCGACGCUGUUCCCUUUGCAAACCACCAAGGAGGUCCAUUCAGCGGUGGCAUGGGUCCCGGAGGACGAGGCGGCGCAGGGAGCGGACGUGGACGUGGACGCGGAGGAGGCCCGCCUGGUACCUUCCAAUCUUCGCGGCGAUCCAAUACCACCCUGGUCAUCGAGAACGUACCCGCAGACAGCCUCGACCUCAUCAAGGUCAACGAGUACUUCAAAAAGUUUGGUACCAUCACCAACAUCAGCAUCGACAAGCCUGGAUCCAAGGCGCUCGUCAGCUACUCGCAGCCUUCUGAGGCCAAAACGGCCCACGAGAGCCCCGACGUCAUUUUCGGCAACCGUUUCGUCAAAGUUUACUUCCAGCGUCUUGAUGAGGCUGCAGGUGGACCGGCUGCUGGGUCCUCGCUUACACCACGACCACCUACGUCGGCUGCAGCGACACCCAGAAAUAUUUUUGUACCCGGCAAGAUGUCGAACGUUUACCAUGCCCGCCCGCCUGUCGCUGGAGGCAGCAAUCCAGGAGGCGCUUCUGGAGCUGCUGGCGCAAUGUCGGAAGAGCGCAAGAAGCUGCUCGACGAUCAGCGAACCAAGCAAGCUGCACUUGAUGCGCAGUUGGCCGAGCAGAAAAGCCUCAUCGCCAAAUUCGGCGACAAGGACCUGACACCCGAGGAUAAGAAGCAGACCAUGACGCAGCUCAAGAAGCUCGGUGACGAGAUCAAAGCUUCAACCGAAGCCGUCAAGGCCGCUGUCGAGGCGCUGCAAGCUGCACCCAGGGAGGCACCUCCUUCCACCGCAGCAGCCGGUGCAGACGCAGGCAACUGGAAAGCGGAGAAGGAGAAGCGGGAGAAUGAGCAGCUGGACCGCGAGCUCGACCUGCACUCCCAGGGCUCGUCUCCCUCGUCGACGACCGAAGAGCUCAAGAAGAAGCUCGAGUCGCUCAAAGCCGAAGCGGCGUCUCUGGGGAUUGACGGCGCAGCAGCGGGGCCAGCAUCGUAUGGCUUCAACUCGCGAGGCAGGGGACGGGGCGGCUACAUUCCGCGCGGCCGGGGCGGCUACAACGCAUACGCACCGCGAGGGGGUGCAGCCAUGGGCCCCAACCGAUCGUUCCGCAUCGACAACCGCACCACCAAGCUCAAGAUCGACGACCUGCCCGAGGGCGUGGAAGCCGACAAGGUCAAACAGCAUUUCGCCAGCUUUGGCGAGCUCGAGGCGUUUGACGCGGCUACGGCUACGGUGGUCUACAAGGCGAGGACCAGCGCGGAACAGGCAUUGAGGGGCGGCGCAGAGAUCCCGGAGGUCGGGUCUGUAAAGCUGUCGUGGAUCCAGCCGGCCCCUGCCGCUGCUCCAGCGGCUGCGGCUGUGGCUGCGACUGGAACGGCGGCGGCUACAACGGGCGACACUGGGUCUAGCGCGGAGGGCGGCGGACAGGCUGCAGCAACCGGAGAUGAGGAAUAUGAAGACGACAGAGAUUCUAGCUGGAAGCGUUGA